AUGGCAGUGCGCUCUAAUAGACAGAUUUUGACACAAGGUCAAAAGUAUGUCAGCAAACAAAGUAAAAAAUUUGGUACAGAGGAAUUAAAUUUCGACAAAGAUUCCAGACUAGAAUAUUUAACUGGGUUUCAUAUGAGAAAAUUACUAAGGCAAAAAAAGGCACAAGAAUUUAUAAAAGAGCAGGAAAGGCUGGCUAAAAUUGAAGAAAGGAAAAAAGUCCGUCAAGAGAGAAGAGAAGUUUUUGAGAAACAGUUAAGUGAUUUUAAGGAAAGCUUAGAUAUUGAAUCAACCAUUAAAGAUCAAAUUGAAGUAGAUGAGGAAGGAUUUACUAAAAUACACAAUGCUGAAGAAGAUGAUAUGGAAGAAGAGUGGACAGGUUUUAAUUCUGAUUCAGACUCAAAGGAGGAUGAGAAAGACGAAGUUAAACCAAUUCUUAAAAAAAAUAUAAUAGGAGAAGAUACAUAUGAUAAUGAUGUUACUGUAGAGAUUGAAUCCUUAGAACCCAAUGAAAAUUUUGAAUAUUUAGCUCGCUUGAAUAAUGUCAGAUUAGAGAAAUCAGAAAAAGUUCUUGACGCAAGCAUAACAAGGGCAAAGAAAUAUGCAAAGUUUCUUGGUAUGGCUAAUGGUGAAGAAGAAGAAGAAGAAGAUAGUAAUGGUGUUUCAAAGAAGAAGAAGAAACCAAAGAAAAAGUUUAGAUAUUUGACUAAAGCUGAAAGAAGAAGUAACCAAAGAAAGGCAAAUAAUAACAAGAGAAGGAAAUAG